AAGCCACAUUGACACGUCCGGCAUGUGAAUAAAAAUGGGAACUUUGACAGAAACGAUUGAACAAUUGAAAAAUGCAAUAGAUCGCAACCGUACAGAUAUUAUUUGUACGGUUAUUUCAACAUGGCAGAAAAGUGCAACUGAUUCGGAUUUGCUGCAGCACUGCUUGGAUGAACCACACGUAGAAGAUGGAACACUGCUACAUUAUGCAACACGGCUGGAGAGACAUGACAUUGUCCGAGCGUUGCUAGCGAGUGGAGCAGACCCGUGUGUUCAAGACAGUCAGGGAAGACUCCCGUUAGACCUCGCCAAUGACCACAUCAGAUCAGUUUACAACGAGGAGCUUCUCCAGGCCACGGCUCAGUCUAAUGUAGGCCGAGUCUGUCAGCUAUUGGCUGCGGGUGUAGAUAUCAAUCUGAUUGACAGUGUGGAAACCAAGAACACACCACUACACUGGGCAGUGUGUUACGGCUCUCGGGACGUCGUCCAGGGUUUGGCAUCGCGCGGUGCGGACGUGAACCGUGUGAAUGCCGCAGGACACACCCCUCUCCACGAUGCUAUAGUGCGAGGUGACCGGGGCAUUGUGGAGGAACUGCUGCUCAAUGGAGCCACUGUACCACAGGACAGUGGAGAUGGGUCAAACAAUCUACAGAGUCUGAUGGAACUUGCGGCGGGUAACGAGGAAAUUGUACAGCUUCUGAAGUCACCGCCAAAACAUCUUGAAACCCUGCCCGCUCUGCUACAACAUAAAAACCAUAUUCUAGAUUCUAGACGGAACUUGGUACACUUUGACAGCACAGCUUCUAUAGAGAGCCUCACUGAACCGGAGAUGGUGAAUGGAACUUCGGAAACCAAUGGCAUUAAUUCAACUGAACCACAGCUUUCUUCACCAACUUUCAAGAAGAGGACUGCCCUGUUUGAUGAGCUGAACAUCGCACCACUGAAGCCUGUAUUGACAGAAGAGAAACUCAACCUACUGUGGCCGCAGCCUCAGAGUAUCGUACAGGGCGGGGGCAAACCAUUUGUCAUCAAGGACAACUUGACAGUGUUUGUAGCCGGCGGCCCAUUCUGCAGCCACUCUGAAAUAAUCUCCGUAUGGGACGUGCGUCGGUCGUGUUUCCAGUCUCUGCAUGUGAACAUUGUCGUGGACGUUCUCACCUCACUGAAUACCAGCGACAGUCCUCAUGUUGUGUGUCACGUGAAUACUCGUCUCUGUCCAGGCAAGGGAAGCUACAAACUGACUAUCACACCUAAACAGCUGAAGAUAGUGUGUGGUAGUGUUGAGAGUCUUCAUUACGCUCUGUCCACUCUUCUCCAAUUGCUGUCUCUUUACCAGACAGAGGACAGCAUCAGUGUGCCCACCCUACUGAUUGAUGACUGGCCGGAGCUCUCAUACAGAGGGAUUCUUCUAGAUUUCUCCCAGGGUCGGAUUCCAAACAUGGAAACUCUGAAGGAAGUGCUGGAUCAGUUAUCACUACUGAAGAUUAAUCAUAUAUAUCUGUACACACGAUUUCUAGCAAAGCAUUCGCAAACUUGGCAGUUUUGUUUCACUCGAAGUGAUCUGCUUGAACUGGACAUGUUUUGUAAAGUGCGAGGCCUUCAACUUAUUCCCGUGUUGGAUAUCGCACCCAAAGUUCAGUUUGAGGACAUUUCCAGUCUGUAUGCUGUGUUCCAAGACUAUGUCACAUGUUUCUCUAAUGCUGAGUUUGUUAGUGUCGGACCACGACUCAGCAGUUUUGUCCUCGACACGUCUGAUGAGAACGUCAUCAUGGAUGACUCGACCAAGUUCCUCCCUUCAGGCUCAGAGAAAACUCUACAGCUGUGUAGUUACCCUCUCCAUGACCUCGCCACUAACCUCCUGCAGCAGCUACCACCACACAUCAUCUUUAAUGAGUAUGGGGUGGAGGCUGAUCAUGACUUCACAAAAUUCUCUUCACCUAUGGCUGAUUUAGGAAUUCACUUUUUUGUCUGCCCAGGAACUGCUGCUUGGAACAGUCUGGCUGGCUGCCCGGAAGCUGCUCUUAAAAACAUCUACAAUGCCAUAAAGAGUGCCAGCACCCAGGGUGCACUGGGGCUGGUGGCAUGCAACUGGACGGGGAGAGGUCACAUGACACAUCUUCCGUUCUGCUGGCCAGGCUUCUUGAUGGCGGCAGGUCUCAGUUGGAAUUCUGACUGUCACUGGGAUUUCUUGCUGGCCAAUCUGGCUGACCUGUUGAAUGAGCAUGUGUUUCUCGAUGAGGAGCAAGUGGUGGGACAGACCGUGGUGGAGCUGGGUCGAGCUGAAACCUACCUCCUGAGAUGUUCAAGAAACCAAGCAGGAGACGACUGUCAUAAUUUGACUGGUGAGCAUGGCUCUCUACUGUUUCGUUUUCUCCUCCACCCUGAUGAUGUGCCUCUAGAAUUCCUCACAGCUGAUCAUAUACAGCGGUGUAUGCGCCACGUGAAGAAGUGUCAGGGAGUUUUAGCGAAGGCUUCGCUUGUGUGUGCUCAGUCGAGUGAGAUACUACAGGAGUUACAACUCACCUGUGAUGUCAUGUGCUUUGCUGCUAAGGUGGCUAGAUCUCUGGUGCUGGCAGGAAGAAAACCCAACCUCAGGGAGACUGGUUACAAUGUGGUCAACUUCGGCAUUGCCAAUCUGACUCCAACAACCAGAACUGACUUAGCAAACAGGUUACUGGAGUUACUGGAAGUGUAUGAGGUUGUGUGGGACAAGCGCUAUCUACCUCAACGAGGCAAACAAGACUCGUUAAGCCAGUUACAGAACCUGCUGACUCUACUGGUGCCAGGGCAGUCGACGGAAAAUCUUACUAGCUCAUCUGAGGCCUCGUAACUGCUGGAAACCAGUAAAUUCUCUUCUUUACAUGGGUUGUGAAGGAUCCAACGCAGAGAACAACAAUGGCCAUUCACGGCCAUUUGGAAAUCUUAGCUUCAGGAAACCAAUGAACUUAUUAUUGUUGUUAAAGAGAUUGUCCUGAGUGUGCAUCCAUUGUAAGAUGUUUUCGAUGAAUAGAGCCUUUUUAAUGAAUGAAAUUACAUAAUAAAAGUGCUAUAUUUAUAUCAUAGAUACAAGUGCCAUAUUUUGCCGUUUUAUAUAUUUUUUUAAAAUUAUAAAUAACUACAAAUUAAUCAAUCCUAAGCAUAAUCUUUGUAUAAAUAACUGAGAACAUCAAAAUAGUAAUGUGUUUAUAUACCCUGUUAACAGAGUUGACAGCAUUAUGGAGUGUCUGCCUCACUUGAACAUAUCCAAAUCUGCUGGUCGUCAACUAAAGGUACACAUGUAUUCCAAUAAAAAAGAAAGAAAUUAUUUAGUUGUAAUUUGUACGGUAUAAUGCUGAUAUAUUUGUGGAUAUCCUUACGUUUGUAGUAGACCAAACUUGAUUUUAUCUCCCAGUAAUUUCAUACAUAUAGUAUAUAAUAUAUUAUAAAAUAUAUAUUAGGAAGUAAAAUGAAUUUUGAGCCACUACACACACUAAGACAACCAGAAAAACAUUGAAUGUAUAUACAGACAUAAAUAUUACAAAGAAAGUAGACAGUUAUUUUUCUUCAUACAUAACCUGACCUCUGACAUCUGACCUAUGGUAUCCCUCCCCCCUCACUCCCAUGGACUGGCCCAAAGGUCAGAGGUCAUGUCAAGCAUUCAUGAAAAGAGAAAACAAUCCAAGUUUUCUUUAUUUUAGUCAUCCAAGUCUCUAAUAGUUGGAAAUAUCUUAAAAUUGCAAGGGCCUCGGAGUCCCUUUAACUUCAAGCUCUACAUUGCUUAGAAAGAAUGGGUUCCAGUGAGCAUCAAAUCUCAGCCAUUUGGAGAUUUUUAGCUGCAUAAAACCGAUGAACUUGUUAUUAUUUGUGGGUUAUUUUUUUACAUUGGUUAUUAUGGAAGAUGAAAUACUGUAUUGCGAUUUUAACAUGACAUAUUAUUUCACAAAAUAUUAUUAUUAUUAUUUAUACACAUAAAUUAUGAAAUUACAGACCAUAUUGUUUCUGCUUAGAUAUUUUAAGUUUUACAUACGUCUACAUGUAUAUAAAAAAAAUGAACCAUCACAUGGGAAAACCUUCAACUAAUAUAUAAAUAAAAUAUAAAAUAUU